AUGGUUGAAGAAGGAAUUGAAGAGAAAAGACUGAAAAUGGAUGAGGCUGAAUUGAUCGAAGUUACAGGAUAUAUUCAUAAUGUGUCGCCUGUUAAAAUAAGUCAAAAGAAUAACACAUAUUUUAGUUGUUUGGUGCAAACAGAGAGAGAAGUUGUGGAUAUGGUUUGUUUAAAUGCGGAUAAAUUCCGAUUUUUUAAAAAGGCAGAACGAGAAGAUACUUGUGUUGUUGUAAAAAAUGUGAGAUGUCAGGUUGAAAAUAGAAAAAAGAAAUUAUUUAUGAAUUUUAUGGGAUCAGUAACUAAUUGUGUUGAAAGAGCCUGUUUUGAGAAAAGAGAGCAGUUGAAAGAAGAUGAGGAAGUGAUAGAUAUAAGUGUAGAAGAUUUGUCGACAAAACCAGUAGAUGUUUGUGCUUAUUAUUCGAUUUCAGGAAAAAUAAUAAAUGUGGGGAAGACAAUGGAAGUUAUGCUUUACGGAUGUAAGAAGAACUGUCAAAAUGUUGUUUUGAGUGAUGGAAGAUACAAAGUUAAUGUUUCCGUUUAUGGAGAUUUGAUAGAUCAAAUGGAAAUAGGUAAAAAUUACAGGUUAAAGAAUGUUGCGUUAAGGAACGUAAACAAUGUUAAAAAAAUAACUGUUAGAAAGCAAACUUGCAUAGAGGAGAUAGAAUAUGAUUUAGUUGGCAAUUUGUAUGAUGUGGGGAAAAAUGAUAAUGAUGAAACAUUGAUGCAUAUGGAUAUAAUUGGUGUAAAAUGUGAUUUAAAAAUUAAGUGUCCUAUAUGCGCAAACAGUUAUGAGCAUGGAAUGAUUAAACAUGCAGUGACAGUGCGAUGUGUAAAAUGUGACAUGCUGACAAAAACAGUCAAACUAAACACGGCAAUGACAACCAGAGUUGAUGGGACUGAUGAAAAUGGCAAAAAUCAUAAAUUAACAAUUUAUGAUUUUGUUAUGAAUGAAAUGAUGAAAAAAAUGAAAAAAGAGCAAUUCAUGAAGGAUUGUAAAGGAUUGGAAGAAUUCCUUAUUCAACAAAGUGGGAAAAUGAACAUAGUUAUGGAUGGUUCCAAUGUUGUGAUACCAGUUGCUACAGUUAGAUUAAGAUACUUGGUUUGGUUUAUUGGAAAUACAGAAGAUCUUAGAGCGGUGAAAGUGUGGCGAACUUUUACUUUAACAGAGCCAAAAUAUUCAAAACUAAGCGGUGAAAGUGUGGCGAACUUUUACUUUAACAGAGCCAAAAUACUCUAA